AUGCGUAUUGGUCGGGGCCACCGUGACUAUAGGGACAUCACCCUCAAAGUACAAGUUCGGGGUAUCCUGCGACGUACACAAAACUCCACGCAUUACGGAAAUCCUUAUAUUUCACUCCACGAUCAAAUCCAGCUGCAGGAUGCCAUCUUCAAGCAAGCGUCGCGACUGGAUAGUCUGCACAAGAGUACAAAGUCCUGGCGGAACUACUACAGGCUGAAAUCUGCGAAUCAUGGCUUUACGGUAGCGAUCAAAGAUAACAUUGUCACUGCAACUCUCCCCACAACAUGUGCCUCCAGAAUUCUCAAGGGGUUCUGUGGCCCGGAAGAUGCUACCGUCACAAAGUUACUUGAAAAGGCGGGAAUGGUUCUGGUUGCAAAGACUAAUAUGGACGAGUUUGGGAUGGGUUCGCACUCUACGCAUUCGGCAUACGGCCCCGUGGUAAACGGCGGUUCAGUAAAAUCCGACCAUCUGUCGGUUGGUGGAAGCUCUGGUGGAAGUGCACUUGCUGUGGCCAAGAAUCUGGCUCACAUUGCAAUUGGGACCGAUACGGGAGGCUCCGUCAGACUCCCUGCAGCCUAUAUGAGCCUUGUGGGAUUCAAACCGUCCUACGGGAUGAUAUCCCGCACAGGGGUCAUACCCUAUGCAAACUCCUUGGAUACCGUUGGCAUCCUCGCCAAAUCCGUCGUUGACAUUCGGUUGACAUUCGAUAUGCUGCAGAGGCCAGACGUCUCGGAUCCCACGUGCCUGGAUCAGUCAUCUCGAGAGCGAGUCAGAGCUGCCAAGCACAAGAGAAGACGGGUUAUCCUUACGUCCAAGCUGUUCGUCACCAGAGUUCCCUUUUCAAAGCGCUUGCUAGAAGCACAAGGUCUGGCGCCUCUGGCUUCCAGACGAAGAAACCUUGCCGUCACGGCGUCGCAAAAACACCACACUCGAAGAAUAGGAGUUCCACUUGAGUACAACAUCGAGGAGAUGCAUCCCCUUGUCCGUUGGGCAUGGAUGGCAACACUGAGCCAUCUGCAACAUGUGUACAAGUUUGAGAUUGUGCCCAUUUCUCUCCCGUCUACAAAGCAUGCACUUUCAGCUUACUACAUUCUGGCUCCAGCUGAAGCGUCUUCCAACCUCGCGAAAUAUGACGGUGUCCGGUAUGGUCGAAAGCGCACUGCGCCCGCAGAUGGAGGUGGAGAUGACAACCCGCUUUAUUCUACUUACAGAUAUGAUAAUUUCGGACCCGAGGUUCGAAGACGAAUUCUGCUGGGAACUUAUUCCUUGAGCGCUGGGGCAAUGGACAACUAUUUCAUCCAGGCCCAGAAGAUCCGCCGCUUGGUGCAACAGGACUUUGACGCAGUUUUCAGAAUGCCAAAUCCUCUCCGGGACGGUACCGAAGCAAAUCCUCACGGCGUGGACAUGAUUAUUGUGCCUACUGCGCCGAGUCCCCCACCUUACAUCGAAAGCUUGAAGUCUUCGAGACCCGUGGAACGAUACAUGAACGACAUUUUCACGGUGCCAGCAAGUCUAGCGGGUCUUCCUGCGAUAUCAGUCCCGGCGCCAGCACACCCUGAUCAUCCUUGGGAUCCAGAAGUCGCUGUCGGCAUGCAGGUCAUUGGGCAAUAUGGUGACGACUUUUCUGUCAUCUACUUUGCACAGAACUUUCUGUCGAAUUUUCAUCCACAAGACAUGAGACGCACGGUUGAAACCAAGAUCUUGAGCUAG